GACCUGACAGCAGCACUUGUCGAACAGUUCUCUUCAGAUUCCCCUGGAAACAGUCAACCUGAUCACAAGGACAGUACAUUAACAGCCUCACAAACUAACCAGCACACAGACUUCAAUACAAUAACCUCACAAUGCAACCAGCACACAGACAUCACAGUGACUACAAUAACCUCACAACCCACCCAGCACACAGACUUCAAUACAACAGCCUCACAACCCACCCAGCACACAGACUUCCACAUGCUGGGCUGUGAUAUUGACAACAUUCUGAUCCAGCGUGCCACAGAGAACCACCGGCACACAGACCACCUCACAUUCCAGACUCUGGACUACAUGGACACAGAGCAGAGACAGGAGAGUCUGGGCUCGUAUCUGCAGAGAUUCAGCCGUACCAAGUUUGACGUGACGUUCUGUUUCUCUGUGACGAUGUGGAUCCACUUACAGAACGGGGACAGUGGGCUCAGGGACUUCCUCAGGUCUGUCUCCAGUAAUACCUGGUUCCUGCUGCUGGAGCCGCAGCCCUGGAAGUGUUACCGCUCGGCGGCGCGGCGACUGCGCAAGCUGGGCCGGGCGGAGUUCCCGCAGCUGCAGGAGCUGCAGAUCAGGAGCAACGUGGAGACGGAGAUCGACAGGUGUCUGACGCAGGACUGCGCCAUGAGGAGAGCGGGGGGGUUCGGGGAGACACAGUGGGGCAGGAAGCUGGUACUGUAUUACUCUGGAGAGGGAGAACUGCUCUGACUGAAAGUGUACAUCUUACAUUCUGACAUUAGUGAGUCUGGAGUAAUAUUCGGUCCAUGGUACAUGUAAUUUUUUCGAAUAUGAUUGACUGAAACCCUCAAUUAAAGAAGCAUUGUUUUGUCUUUAAUGUAAGAAAAUGUGUCACUGCCUGAGCUGUGUGGAAGGGAGUGCAGAUAAUUGUUUGAAGCGUUUAAAUCUUGAUUCACUUAUAAAAUGAAGUUUAUUAGAUUUUUAUCUGUCUUCCUCUGUAACGUUAGUUCCUCUGUGCUGUUGUAUUGUUAUACGAUAGCUGAUUCCAUUUCUUCCAUUUCAAAAUGCAUGAGAAUGUGCAUUUUGUUGUCAAGGGAAAAAUCUCCCUUUUAUGUGAAAAUAAAAUACCUAUAAGAUUGA